ACACGUGGCUCAUUCAAAAAAGCCGGAAUAGCUGAGGAUUUUUUUUCUCUCCCCCCUUCUUCUUCUUCUUAUUCUAGGUUCUAGACUUAGAGGCGGGCUCCAGCCUUACCGUGUGUGACAUUCUCUGUCUCUUUGCCAAGGGGUUUGGAGGAAGACACAAAGUAGUUUCUCCUCCUUUUCACCCAGCCCGCCAUCGUUCGGAGACACGAGAUUAAUAAUUGAGCAUUUAUUUAUUGCGCGAUAGAGACAGAGGGGCGAGGGAGCGCAAACGCACCGUGAGGCUGCCAGUUUAAAUCUAUCUGUGGCUUGAACGACCGGGAAGCACGCUACAGCCACUCCGUAGUAGUAAAGGCGAUUUAGGCUACUCCAAACACUGCACAUCCGCGAGAGCAAAUAACUAUCUCUCCCUCAGCGUAAAGAUUGUCCCUUUCGGCGCAGAACAUGAAUAAGCUAUACAUUGGCAACGUAAGCGCAGAGGCGAGCGAGGAGGACUUCGAAACUAUCUUUGAGCAGUGGAAGAUUCCGCACAGUGGUCCAUUUCUUGUCAAAACUGGCUAUGCGUUUGUGGAUUGCCCGGACGAGAAGGCAGCAAUGAAGGCCAUCGAUGUUCUUUCAGGUAAAGUUGAACUUCACGGAAAAGUUCUCGAAGUGGAGCACUCGGUCCCUAAACGUCAAAGGAGCUGUAAGCUGCAGAUCAGGAACAUCCCGCCUCACAUGCAGUGGGAGGUUUUGGAUGGUAUGCUUGCUCAGUAUGGUGCAGUACAGAGCUGUGAACAAGUAAACACUGAUACAGAGACUGCAGUUGUCAAUGUUCGGUAUGCUACCAAGGACCAGGCGAGGCUGGCAAUGGAGAAGCUGAAUGGAUCUAUGAUGGAGAACUAUACCUUGAAAGUGUCCUACAUCCCUGAUGAGACGGCGGCACCAGAGGGUCCUCCAGCAGGGGGCCGGAGAGGCUUUAAUGCCCGCGGACCCCCUCGGUCUGGCUCUCCGGGUUUGGGCGCCCGGCCUAAAGUGCAGUCAGACAUCCCGCUACGCAUGCUGGUUCCCACACAGUUUGUAGGGGCGAUCAUUGGCAAGGAGGGCGCGACUAUCCGCAACAUCACCAAACAGACCCACUCAAAGAUUGACAUCCACAGAAAAGAGAAUGCAGGUGCUGCAGAGAAACCCAUCACUAUUCACUCAACCCCUGAAGGCUGUUCGAACGCUUGCAAAACCAUCAUGGACAUCAUGCAGAAGGAAGCCCUUGACACAAAGUUUACUGAGGAGAUCCCACUAAAGAUCCUUGCACACAACAGCUUUGUGGGAAGAUUAAUAGGUAAAGAAGGACGCAACCUGAAGAAAAUUGAGCAGGAAACUGGGACCAAGAUCACAAUCUCACCUCUUCAGGACCUAACCCUGUACAACCCAGAACGGACCAUCACAGUAAAGGGCUCCAUUGAGGCAUGUGCAAAAGCUGAGGAGGAAGUGAUGAAGAAGAUCAGAGAAUCCUAUGAGAGUGACAUGGCUGCUAUGAACCUCCAAUCCAACUUGAUUCCAGGCUUGAAUCUGAAUGCUUUAGGUUUGUUCCCCACUACAGCAACAGGCAUGGGUCCCUCCAUGUCCAAUAUCACACCUCCCGGAGCCCAUAGUGGAUGCUCAUCAUUUGGACAGGGACACCCAGAAUCGGAGACUGUUCACCUGUUCAUUCCUGCACUUGCAGUGGGCGCCAUCAUUGGAAAACAGGGUCAACACAUCAAACAACUGUCACACUUUGCCGGAGCCUCAAUCAAGAUCGCCCCUGCAGAAGGAAUGGAUGCGAAGCAGAGGAUGGUCAUCAUUGUCGGACCACCAGAGGCUCAGUUUAAGGCUCAGUGUCGAAUCUUUGGCAAGUUAAAAGAAGAGAAUUUCUUUGGACCUAAGGAAGAGGUGAAGCUGGAGGCGCAUAUCAAGGUUCCCGCCUUUGCUGCUGGACGAGUUAUUGGGAAGGGCGGGAAAACGGUAAACGAACUGCAGAACUUGACCUGUGCAGAAGUGGUGGUGCCCCGGGACCAGACGCCUGACGAGAACGACCAGGUUAUAGUCAAGAUCAGCGGACACUUCUUUGCAUGCCAGCUGGCCCAGAGGAAGAUUCAGGAGAUCCUAGCCCAGGUGAGGAGGCAGCAGCAGCAGCAACAGCAGCAGCAGCUUAAGCCUACAUCUGGACCCCAACCUCCAAUGCCACGCAGGAAAUAAACAUCCAGCGGACCUGGAGGAACGGUGACCGAAUCUUGCAAGAAGACUCGACAGAAGGACAGAUGCAGCAGAGUCCAGGAGGGGGAGAAGACGAUGACGGCAGUGGGUCCUAAUGCUCAUCUCAGGGGUUAAAGGUUGUUGGAGCCCAACCAAACAUCCUCCCCUCCUUGUCUUACUUGGGACUGCGUAGCUGAUUUAAGAAAAAAAAGAAAGAGACCCUGCGCCUCUAAAAGUUCCACCCACUCCGCCUCUCUGCAUCUCUGCGAGAAUGUACUCCUGAGGGCUCCCACCGUCGUCACCUGCCCUCACAAGUGCGCACCCCUCAACCGCUCUACUCAUCCCCCAAAGGAUGUGUUUAAACUUGUAUUUUUUUGUUUUCUUUUUACACUAGAAACACAAAGAAAUAAGGCCCCCCGCCCCCCUCCUAUCACCGCCUUGGUGUUGUACUUUAAACAUGACAAGAUGUUUUGGUUGACUUCAGAUUUAGCGAACACCUGGUCUAUAUAUAUAUUUUUUUUUUCUUGAUGUUUAAUUGGUUGGUGAAGCUUUCUUAUGAGUUUUCUCUGGAAUGGAAAAAGGCAUUGCUAUCAAGGUCCUGUUUGGACCACCUGAAAGAUUAAUUUGGGGAGGGGGCGUGGGGAGGGGGGUUGGCUCAGAUUGUGUGGGCCAUGUUUAAGGGGGGGUUGUUUUAGGACAGGACCCCUGAAAGGGUGAAUUAUAUGGGGCGUCCUGCCCUUGUGAUAAGUGGCAUUUUAUAAAUUGGGAUGCAUUUUACAGAUAGACCUAUAAACAAAAAAGAAUUAUAUUAAAAAUAUAUAUAUAUUUAGAGUUGAGGGCAGCGCCACGACUGACACAGGGAAAUGGUGCCGAACUGCUGCUGCCCAGGAAAACCAAUUAAAUAUGCAUUUUUACUUAACUACCUCAGGAUCUAGUACCUCAGAAGAGAAAAGAUAUUAUAUAUAUGAAAAAAAUUGUUCCUUUCUUUUUUUAUUUUGCUUUGUGGUGUUUUGUAUACUUUAUAAAGCUGAUAGUCUUUGAACAUUUUUAUUUUUUUAAGAAAAUUUAAAAUUUUGGUCAGCUGCCAACUGACCUUGCCUUCAACUCUGGUGCUUUAGGUGGCAUUGUACAUGUGUAUGUGUGACUUAAGAUGACCCUGUACAUAAAGUCUGUUUGUACAUAGCAGCCCCGGAGCAAGAGUUGGCGCCCCCUCAGCUGGCGGCUGACAGAAGUAUAGAGAAAAUCGCCUCAGUUUUUCCCCUGAGGGUCCACCAUCUUCAGAAAGAAGUGCAAAACAACUACGACAUGCAAAUAAUGCCAACCGUACAUGACUGCAGCAAUGCAACUUUUCUUUUUAAAUUUUUUUUUUGGGGGGGGGGGAUUACCAUAGUUAAUGAUAAUGGUACUUUAAUUUGUCAAAAAUUUCCUUUCACCUUCCUAUUUGAGGGCUGUGGUCAGGGUGCUGCAGAGAAUACUGUAAUGGGGUCCUUCCUGUAGCUGCCCUCAAGUCAGCAGAGCAUGUGUUUGUGGUCUGUUCUGUUCCCAGGCCUCCUGCCACCUUUGUUGGCGAGUGUCUUAGCGAGGUCCAAGCCCCCACUAGGUUUAAUUUCAUAUAGAGCGAGCUUUGUCAUUUCAGACUGGCCCUUGUAGCAAGGCCAUCAAGUCGAUGUCGUUAACUGCCUGGUGAGGGUAGGGGGAAUCACACUGAUAGAUGCAAACGUAACUUAAGUUUCAAGGAAAAUGAUUUAAACAAAAGGAUGUUCUCUGUAACCCGCAAAUGUACUUGAUGUUUCAUUUAGUUAUGCUUACAGGGAAUAACGAGCCAGGAUAGGCGCACACACCAUACUGGGUGAACCCUGACUGGCGUUUAUUUUAGGAAAAAAAGGAAAGGAAUCCAAAAACGUAAAGAUACAGUUUUUUUUUGUGUUUUUUUCAUGCCGAAUGUAAAUAUGUUGAUUGUGGUAAAAGUGCUUGAGUGUAUCCAUGCUUCCACAGUAGAACGCCGUCUACCUCAGCUGAGGGGGCGGGGGGUUGUUGUGGCACUAGGCACCCAGCCCUGCCCCCACUGAGCGCCAGCGCGCACUGAUACCUCAGUCCCCCAAACACUUUCUAUUUGGGCGCGCCUUCCUAACACCGUGCUUAACUGAGGGGCACAAGUGAUACUUUAAAAAAAAAAAAGUCCCUAACAUCUCCCUGCCAACCCACCCUUCCCACAACUUCCCCCUUCCUCCAGUUUAUUUUUGAUCUACCUCUUUAGAAAUGUAUUUGAAGUAGAGGCAUUCUUCUAUUUGUUAGAAUUUAACCCUUCUCCACACCUUUACGCUCCCCUCCCCCAGAUAAGAUUAAAAACUAAGAUCAUGAACUCUUUAGAAUUGAGAAGAAUCAAGUGAUCCAUUUUUUUCCCAGUGUUUAUAAAUAUAUACAUGUCUUGACUUUAAUUGAAAUCCUCGAAACAAUAGUUAUUUCCUUCUGCUCUCUAUUUUUGGUGGUGUGGCUUCCAUGUGAACUUUUGCUUGAAUUUUUCUUUUUGCAUUCAGUAGCUAAAACCAGACAAUUCAAUUGUUUGUUUUUUUUUUUGUUUUUUUGAUAAAGGGCCUGCCUAUUGUUUCUGAUUUGUAAGACUUCAAAAUAGAUAAAAGUCCUGUAUUUUUUUUUUUUUU